GAAAGAUAAGAAGCAUUUAAGGAGGGAACUCCCACCAUGCUGUCACAGAACUGAUGAGAUAAACUCACAGGAACUGCACGGAAGAAGCUGAAAGGAGGUCCUGGAUAUCUUAUCUGAGGCUUUGCUGAGAAGAAGCAAAGCAUGCAAGGCUGUGAGGUUGGCACCAAGCCACGCCACUGGCUGACUCUGAUCUCCGGGAUGCUGGAGUGUCUGGGCUUUGCAGGUGUGGUGUUUGGUUACGCCUCUUUGGUGUUUGUGCUGAAAGAAGACAGGUACUUCAGUGAACUCUGCAACAACGACACAGACAGCAACAGCACUUUGAUAGAGACAGACUGCAGCAGACAGGAUGAGCAGUUUUCACUGAUUUUCACGAUCGCCUCCUUCCUAAACAACUUCCUGAGUCUGAUCAAUGGCUUCCUGUUUGAUCGAUUCGGAACCAUGGUGACCAGGCUGCUGGCAAUAUUGUUGUACACCACUGGAACCCUUCUAGUGGCUUUCUCCAGCGCAGCAUCUUCUCUGUUGCUUUUCCCUGCCUUGUCCUGCAUCGCUGUGGGAGGAAUUCUGCUCCUUAUGACUAACAUGCAGGUUGGGAAUCUCUUUGCGGCUCAUCGUUCCACCAUCAUCACCCUGUACAACGGAGCCUUUGACUCUUCUUCUGCCGUCUUUCUAAUCAUCAAGUUUCUAUAUGAGCAAGGAGUGUCUCUCCACUCGUCCUUCUUGGCCUUGUCCCUCUGCAGCGUCGCUCACCUGGCGAGGACCUUCCUCCUCAUGCCGAGAACCCACAUCCCCUACCCUCUGCCUCAAUGCUACACAUACGGGGUGAACUGUGGCCAGUCCAACAGUUAUAAUGUGGAGCAGCUGGAGAGGACGAGGGAGGCUAAAAUGAGACUGGCUCUGGAUUCCUGUGAGAAGGAUGAAACAAUGAGGUCAGACGAAAAAGAGAUGGAAAACGCAGAAAAAGUGUCGAGUUUCCGGAGCUGUGUCCUGUCCUGGUUCUUCCUCUGGCAUCUGUUGUGGUUGUCCAUAAUGCAGCUGAGGCAUUACCUCUUCAUCGGCACGCUGAACUCCAGGCUGAGUCGGCUGGCCAGAAACGACCCUGACCUGGUGAGCCAGUACACCAAUGCGUUUGCAAUGACUCAACUGUGUGGAGUGGUCUGUGCGCCCUGGAAUGGACUCAUCUUGGACAGACACAAAGGAAGGCCUCGAGCUGCUGGAGAAACUGAACAUGAUGCUGACCUGCGCUCCUCCUACCUGUCUCUGUUCCUGACUUCUCUGCAGUGCCUCCUCUUCUCUGUCUGCGCCUCCAUCCCUCUCCUCUCGCUGCAGUAUCUCACCUUCAUCCUGCAGGUUCUCAAUAGGUCCUUUCUGUAUGGGGGAAACGCAGCCUUCCUUAGCAUCGCUUUUCCAUCCUGCCACUUUGGGAAGCUGUACGGCCUGGUGAUGGCGCUCUCUGCUCUCAUUUCUCUGCUGCAGUACCCCUGCUUUGCCUUGGUCAAAGGAGCUCUCCAUGGAGAUCCGUUUUAUGUGGAUGUUUCUCUUUCUCUCCUCACCUUUCUGGUGUUCAUCCAUCCCGUUUACAUCUUCAUCUACUGCAGGAGAAAAGCCCACAGCAGGGAGAACAUCCCUCUGACUGAAGCUCAUUUAGAUCCCAGAUUGGUUCAAGCUAAACUCUAGAAAAUUAACUCAUUUUAUGUGUUUACAUUUCUGCUCCUAAAUUUCCAUUUGGUUUGUUUUCAUUUCAUGAUUUUUACUAGGAAAUAGUAAUACGAAUAUUUUAUAUUACCUUUUUGUAUAAGCAGAUUUAUGUUUUUUUAAUAUUUCACAGGAACCAAUGUGAUUUUUUUUGUUGUUGUUUGAUUUAUUUUUAUCAGGUUAAAUGAUUUUUUUUAAGUGAAUGAAGUCAGGGUGUAUUUCGGUGUUCAGCAGGACUAAAGAUUAGAAAAUGACUCCAUGAGCGUUUCCAGAUUAUUGGGCAGCCAUUGUCUCUCCAGGAUCCUGGCCGUCGCCCUCCUGGCAUUUAAAAAAAACAACAACAGAAUGUUUCUGAUAAGAGAAUUGAUCAAUAA